UGACUCAUCCGAGACAAACCAGGAAACAGGUUGUCGUUCUUCUUCUUCACUAGAGAGAGACACAGAGUGAAAAACAGACGAUCAGAUUCAGCUUCAGACCAAACUAACAGCUUCCUCUGAGAGAGUCCAGCUACAACACUGCUGCUUCCACCUGCUGAUACUCCACACACUGAAGCUUCUCUCAGGGACUAAAUGGCUUCCAGAUCAGAGGAGGAUCUCUGCUGUCCGGUCUGUCAUGAGGUCUUCAGAGAUCCUGUUCUUCUGUCCUGCAGCCACAGCUUCUGUAAAGACUGUCUGCAGAGCUGGUGGAGAGAGAAACAAGAUCGACUGUGUCCAGUUUGUAAGAGAAGAUCUUCAAAGCCUGAACCACCUUGUAACCUGGUGCUGAAGAACCUGUGUGAGGCCUUCUUACAGGAGAGAGAGCAGAGAUCUUCAGAGGCUCUCUGCAGUCUGCACUCUGAGAAACUCAAACUCUUCUGUCUGGACCAUCAGCAGCCAGUGUGUCUCGUCUGCAGAGACUCAGAAAAACACACCGACCACAGAUUCAGACCCAUCGAUGAAGCUGCUCCACAACACAAGAAGAAGCUUCAGGAAACUCUGGAGCCCUUAAAGGAGAAGUUAAAUGCUCUUAAACAAGUUAAAGUGAAGUUUGAUCAAACAGCAGAACACAUUAAGGUCCAGGCCCGACACACAGAGACGCAGAUGAAGGAGCAGUUUAAGAAGCUUCACCAGUUUCUAGAAGAGGAAGAGGAGGCCAGGAUGGCUGCACUGAGGGAGGAAGAGGAGCAGAAGAGUCAGGUGAUGAAGGAGAAGAUGGAGGCUCUGAGCAGAGAGAUAGCAGCUCUUUCACACACAGUCAGAGCCACAGAGGACGAGCUGAGAGCUGAAGACGUCUCAUUCCUGCUCAGCUACAAGGCUGCAGUGGACAGAGUCCAGCAGCGCCCCCUGCUGGAGGAUCACCAGCUGGGCUCAGGAGCUCUGAUAGACCAGGCCAAACACCUGGGCAACCUGACCUUCAACAUCUGGAACAAGAUGAAGGACGUGGUCUCCUACAGUCCUGUGGUUCUGGACCCAAACACUGCUGGUCCAGUAUUACACCUGUCUGAAGAUCUGACCAGUGUGAGAGGAGGAGAGAGACAGAAACUUCCUGACAAUCCAGAGAGGUUUAGUUCUCUCUGGUCCUGCUCUGUCCUGGGCUCUGAGGGUUUUAACUCAGGGACUCACAGCUGGGACGUCGAGGUUGGAGACAAUAUACACUGGAUACUGGGUGUGUCAGAAGAGUCUGUCCAGAGGAAGAGAGACAUACGGUCUGAAGUAUGGAGUAUAUUGUUUGAUGGAGGUAAAUACUCAGCACGGUCACCAUCAGCUCCUGACAUUGAUCUCUCAGUGAAGAAGAAGCUCCAGAGGAUCAGAGUGAAUCUGGACUGGAACAGAGGAAAACUGUCGUUCUCUGAUCCUGAUACUGACACACACAUACACACCUUCACACACACUUUCACUCACAAGGUGUUUCCAUUCAUUCACACUGGUGAUGAAGUGAAGGUGUUACCACUGAAGGUCUCUGUGACAGUGGGACAGAGCAGUUAGAGGUAAAGAGGAUGAUUAUAUUGAUCAUGUUUCUUAAAGGGAAAAGUCAGAGACUUGAACCUGUUAAACUGCACCUGUCCUCCUGCUCUCCUUGUUCCAAACACUUGUUUGCUUUUCUUUUACUUUCAAUUCUGUUAAUAAUCUAGUAAUAACAACCACUAUGAUAAUAAUAAUGAUGAUCUGUUCUGUGUCACUAAGUGUGCUGGUGUUUCAAAAUAAAAGCUUCUGAUAAAACAUUUCACAGCUGUUUAUUUGUGUUUUGAUGAAAGCCUGUACAACAGAGCCCUGCAUGAAAUACUACUUUUAUACUGAAGAACUGUAAAGACGGUGAACCUGGUUCAGAUGAACACUAUGUGUCAGUAUUAACAGUAAACCACAGAACAUGAAUUUAAAAACUCCUGCUCUGUUUUUCUGAAUCAACCAGAUAAUUAUCUGCACUGUAACAAAUUCCUGUAAAAUUUACGGGGAAAUUUCAACAGUACAAUCCUGUUAUCUUUAAAUGCAGUAUAUUACUGUAAAUUCCUCUCAUGAAACAGUAUUAAAACAGUAAUUCACAGUAUUUUUUGCAAUGCAUUUUGGGAAAACACAGCGUGAGACACUUUGAUUGGACAAUGCAGAUUUGAUUUUCUUCUAUCUUCAUCCUUCAAAUGAACAGGUGAGAGCCUCAUACAUCACAUUUCCAAUCAAGUUGUAUUGAUUAUCUAGUAGAAAACCAUCAAACAAGACGAGUUAUUUUACUUGUAAUGUGAGUCUUUAAGAUACUUCAAGCUUUUCUUUAUGUUUAGGAUUAUUUGGCUAAAAUGAAAUGUAUUCAGAGUGAAUGUAAAGAGCGUUGGACUCGGAUUAAGUUUAAGUCAUUUGAGAUCAGAG